UUUCGUCUGGGCGUAUAAGACUUGAGCCAAAUCUUUUGCUCGUGUUUUGCUUGGAAAGGAAUUUUGCGUCUCUUUUUGGCCUUAUCUGACGGGUUUGUGGUUAAAUUUGUUCAAUCAAACCUCAAGAAUCAUUCGUAAAAGUCUCACCCCAGGAGCCAGAGAGAUAGCAGGCCCGUGAUUUAGAUUGCACGAGAACUUUCCAUCCCGAGUAGCACUCGAGCUGACAUCAAAUUGUUGUUUAACGUUUGAUUUGGGCCAUGGCGGACACAACUUCGACAACAGUAACCGCUCCGAAGCCUCCCUACAAGCGAAUUCUGCACAACUUGAAGAAUAUUUCACGCGACGAGAUUAAAGAAUUGCUCCUUUAUUUUGCUGUCACGCUCUCUCUUUUUCUGGUCGGCCAUUUUCAUUUCAGCUUCGCAUGGAUCAUCAUGAUUCUCGUGUUGUUUGUCAGCUGGGAAUAUCAAAUGGAUGAUAAGAAAAAGCGCAGGGAUCGCAUGGAAAAAGCUCUGAAGUCCUCCUUUAUCGACAAGAUACAGAAUCUUCCCUCUUGGGUCUAUUUUCCGGAAAAAGAGCAAGCAGAAUGGAUCAACAGCAUCAUUGAUCAAAUGUGGCCCUACGUAGACGGCAUGGUGUACAAAAUUCUGAAAGAAAGUGUCGAACCCGAGAUGCAGAAGAACAUGCCGAAAGCUCUGAACACGCUCUACUUCGAAACAAUCGACCUCGGGAACAAGCCACCUUACGUAGCAAAUGUGAAGUCGUAUCCCAGCAAGGAAGACAGGAAAUCAGAGUUUAUUUUCGAUAUGGAUAUUGUGUACAAUGGCGACGCCACAAUCAAGCUUGCAGUCAAGAAAUUUAAACUGGGCCUGUCCAACAUCGAACUGCGUGGAGUCCUAAGGGUCAUUUUCAAGCCGUUGGUUGCCGAAUACAACCCUAUUGGAGGCGUUACAGUGUUUUUCUUAAACAGACCCAAGCUAAAAUUCGAUCUAACCAAUUUGUUGAAUGUUCUGGAUCUUCCUGGGCUCAAAAGCUCUUUGCGCCGAAUCACAGAUGACGUCAUCGCCUCCUUCGUAGUGCUUCCGAACCGCAUCGCCGUUCCCCUCGCUACGGGUGUCGACGCCAGUGAUCUUCAGUAUCCGAUUCCUGAGGGAGUCCUUCGUGUAAAAGUCGUGGAGGCGAAGAACCUGAUAGCGAAAGAUAUCGGCCUCGUGAAGAAGGGAAAGUCGGAUCCUUAUGCCAUAAUUCGCAUCGGUGCUCAAAGCUUCCGCACCGAGGUGAUCUCGAACGAUCUAAAUCCAGAGUGGAACGAAACCUUUGAAGCAUUUGUGGAUAAUAGUGAGGGGCAAGAGCUUGAAGCUGUAAUAUACGAUGAAGACACAUCCUCUAAGGACAGCAAGAUUGGACGACUCGACACCGACAUUGCUUCUGCGGUGGAGACAGGCAAUCGGGACCUCUGGCUGCCGCUGGAGGGUGUCAAACAAGGAAGCGUUCACUUACAGCUGACCUGGUUCUCGCUCAGUGCCAAUGCAUCAAAUUUGGAACCCCCGCAAGGGAAGGGCCUCUCUGUAGCAGCGCUCAUCGUGAAGCCCAUCUCUGCCCACGCCCUACCUCUCACCAGUGGUCAGAAGGAAGCUCUGAGGAGUGUUUACUGCGAGAUCACAGUUGGCAAGACCACCCUGCAAACCUUCCAGUGCUAUGGAGAAAAAACUGAAUGGAAACAUGCAUUGCGUUUCCUUGUUGGCGACCCUGGAGGCCAAGUAGCUGAGGUUGAGGUGAUCGAAGCCAAGGGCACCCACACGUUGGGUAAAAUGUCGUUCGAUAUCUGCAAGCUGCUGAACAAAGAUGGUAUGACCGUAGAAGAAACCUUCCCCUUGAAGGAGUCUGGGGAGAAGAGCACCUUAACCUGCCGCUUUACCUUGAGGGUUCUGAACACCCCGGAUGUUAAACCGAGCGAGCCUGAAACGAGGUAUGACGCUGAAGUUGAUGCCGGACUCAAGAAACCAGUGAUUCCCUUGGCUCACUCAACUCCAAUACCAAAACUUGUCAUUAAUGGAGUUAGUCCCGAGGAACAAUCGGAAGUAGGGGAAGAACGCGACAAAGAUUCUGACGUGGGAAGCGUUUAUGACGGAAGUGUUUAUGGCACUGAGAGCCAUCGUACGGAUUCCAAUGACGACCUGACUAAUAAGGGGCAACUGGAUUUGCACUUGAAGUACAGUCAUCUGAAGAACUGCCUCUCCGUCACCGUCAAAAGUGUUCGAUCCCUCGUGUCUCGCGACCCGCCCAGCAAGACCAAUCCAUUGGUCCGCCUGUACUUGUUACCAGACCGCUCCAAACGCUCCCGGCGAGUCACCACAGUGCUGAAUAGAACCUUGGAAGGAGUGUUUAACGAAACCUUUGAAUACAUGAUUGGCCUAGAUCAACUGCGCACGAUGCAGAUCGAUGUCGCAGUGAAAAGUGACCGUGGAUUUGCGAUUGGACGAGCGCGACAUCGACUUAUUGGAAUUGCUGUGGUGGAUUUGUCUAAAAAGGAUCUCAUUAAAGGGUGUGACGUCAUUUGUGAGCUUAGAAAGUUUAGUUCGACGUUUUGAAUGGUCUUCGAGAAAACGAAUCUUUGUUAGUAUUUGAGCAACUGCUAACCUACCCCUCCCUAAACAAACAUCAACCUUAACUUGGGAUUAGUUGACAUUUUUGGGUAACGGGUGGGUGCGCCUUUGCUCAGUACUGACGUCCAGCUCGAUAGAAUAGGCCAUUUUACAGUUGUGUACUUAGUUUCCAAGCCUUUGAUUCGGAGUGAGGCUGAAGGUGACCUUGUUGUGAUGGAGACCAGUAACUAGUUGGCACGAUAACAAAGUAAUUUACAGUUGAAAAGCAGCAACGUUUGUAUCAUAACAAAGUCAACCUUAGCCUCAUUCCAGAUCAAAGGCUUGGCAACCAAGCACGCGACUGUAAAAUGGACUUAGGCUUCAAGCGGUGUUGUGGGGCUGUCAGAUAUGAAUUUUACGAGGAUUGAAAGACUGAAGACUCAGAUUUACCUUGCCAAUAAAAAAAAACCCGGUCAUUCGUCUAACUGCAACAAAAUGACCCUCGAGAGAAAAGUAUGUUUAAGUCAUUGUCAGUGAAAGAAAACGCACAUUCAAAGAAAGAAUAAGGGCUUAGAGCUAUGACAGAGAAUCUCCGUAUGACUGAGGUAUUUUCAUUUGUUACGACGGCUGUUACUCAGCAACACACACGCUAUGGUGAAAUGGCUUGAGUAAGUAGUUUGGCAGAGAGAGUAACCUAACCCAAAACUUAGUCCCCUAGCAUUACAAGGAUUAGAAAUUAAAAUCUUUCGUUAGAUAUAUUUUAUGCAGAAAAAGGCUGUGUAUCUAUUUUAAAGGAAGUGUACCAUCAAAGUAGUUUUAGUUAUACGUUGGUGUUCCCAAUUCAAUCAUAAAGGUAUUUUACUUGAAGAGAUAAAAGGUACUAGAAUCUCAUUUUUAUGGCGCUGUUAAUAUAUAUAUAUAUACGAAAUGCAACUGACGUGUGUGGAAACAGAGAAAUAAAUUGUUGCUUGUGUGAUA